UUUGCCAUCAUCCUCAUGGCUCUGUACUGGUGCACGGAGUGUAUCCCUCUGGCGAUGACCGCCCUGCUGCCAGUCGUCCUCUUCCCAAUGCUGGGCAUCAUGGAGGCGUCUGAGGUGUGUGUCCAGUACCUGAAGGACUCCAACAUGCUGUUUUUCGGAGGGCUUCUGGUUGCCAUCGCCGUCGAGCACUGGAACCUACACAAGAGGAUCGCACUUCAAGUUCUGCUCAUUGUGGGCGUGAAGCCAUCCCUCCUCAUGAUCGGCUUCAUGAGCACCACGGCCUUCCUGUCCAUGUGGAUCAGUAACACGGCCUCCACCGCCAUGAUGCUGCCCAUCGCCAACGCCGUCCUGCAGCAGCUGUGCGACACCGAGGCCAGAGCCGAGGAGCGGGAGAUGGGCCUGCGAGCCGCAAAGGACGGGCAGGACAACGAGACGUUUGAGAUGAACGAAAAAAAAGAAGGCAGCAUCACCAAGCACAACAGCAUCACCAUAGGUGUGAGUCCGGAGGCGGAGCUGCGCCGGCUGAAGAGGGAGCAGAAGUACGAGAAGCUGUCCAAAGGCAUGAGUCUGAGCGUCUGCUACUCCGCCAGCAUCGGCGGGACGGCGACCCUCACUGGAACCACUCCCAACGUCAUCCUGAAGGGCCAGAUCGAUGAACUCUUCCCAGGCAAUGGUGGAAUAAUCAACUUUGCGAGUUGGUUCGGCUUCGCUUUCCCCAACAUGGUGCUGAUGCUCGCUCUUUCGUGGCUCUGGCUCCAGUUCUUGUAUCUGGGCUUCAACUUGAAGAAGUCCUUCGGAUGCGGCACGAAGAAGGAGACUGACCAGGAGGCCUUCCAGGUCAUCAAGGACGAGUACAAGAAGCUGGGCAGGAUGACCUUCGCUGAGGCUUGUGUGCUGACGAUCUUCACUCUGCUGGUUCUGCUGUGGUUCACUCGAGAGCCGGGCUUCAUCCCCGGCUGGGCCACUGUGCUCUUCAACAAAGACAAAGAAUUCGUCACCGACGGCACCGUGGCCAUCCUGAUGUCGUCGCUGUUCUUCUGCAUCCCCUCCAAGUUUCCCACGUGCCGCGGGAGCGCCGACGACGGUGGGUCUGCUAACUCACCAUGGCAUGAUGAUUUUUCAACCCUUCUUAACUGGGACAUCGUCCAUGAAAAAAUGCCCUGGAACAUCCUCCUGCUCCUCGGAGGAGGUUUUGCCUUGGCUCAUGGAAGCGAGGUAUCUGGACUGUCCAUAUGGCUGGGAGAAUGUCUGAUCCCACUGCAGAGCAUCCCCCCGUUUGCCAUCUCCAUCCUGCUGUGUCUGCUGGUGGCGAUGUUCACCGAAUGCUCCAGCAACACGGCCACCACCACGCUCUUCCUGCCCAUACUGGCCUCCAUGGCCAUUGCCAUUCAGAUACACCCCAUGUACGUCAUGCUCCCGUGCACCAUCGCCGCCUCGCUGGCGUUCAUGCUGCCUGUGGCCACUCCGCCCAACGCCAUCGCCUUCUCCUACGGCAACCUUAAAGUCAUCGACAUGGCCAAAGCUGGAUUCGUCCUCAACUUCGUUGGAGUCUUGAUCAUCAACCUCGCCGUCAACACGUGGGGCGCAGCCAUGUUCGACCUCAAUACUUUCCCAAGCUGGGCCAAUAUCACCAAGACUCCUUGA